UGGCAAGAACAAUGGAAAAGGUGACAAUAAGAACAUUGGCAAGAACUAGGAUUCUCCACCUUUCUAUCCUAUCGGUUCCAAUCCAAUAACAUCGUUGUCCACUGCUUCCUCCUCUAUUUCUAAGAUCUCUCCUGCUUCGAGAUGCCCAAAAUAAAAGGAGGGGGGCAAGAGAACACAAACACAAGAUUGAUGGAGAGGUGACGAGCAAAAGGUGUAGGCAAAAAGAAAGAAAGAGAUGCAACAGUAAGAGGUUUGCAGUUGCAAGGAGCAGCCGUUGCUGACAGCUCUACACAUCAAGUCCAUACCGUUUCCUCAUCAGGAUAGGAUCUUGAUGCACUUCGGUAGCUAGGAAAGUUGGUGUCCUAACUGGAAUCUUGUAAGGUUUUGCGAUUGUGGUGAGGGUAGUUCACAUGUUCAUGCUCCUGGCCAUCAUGCAAAUUUGUUACUAAUCAUAGGAGGAGAAACUAGCUUGUUGGCUCAUUUUGUGAGAAUGGACGACGGACUAUACCUUCCGAUCCCCAGCCACCUUCUGUUUCCAUAUCCAGAGAUCUCCCACGGCUUCGAUGAGUUCCUAGCGUGCACUCACACACACAGCUGUCCAUCGUGGUCGUCGCCGGCCGCGGCGCACACCCACACGUGCCUGCAUGCGCACACCCAAGUCGUAGCUUCCGGCGAAGACUACGCCGUGGAGCAAGACGAGCUGAGGAACCCCCGGAAGCCUCUGGGGAACCGGGAGGCCGUGCGCAAGUACCGGCAGAAGAAGAAAGCCCACGCAGCCUUCCUCGAGGAGGAGGUCAAGAAGCUCCGCGCCGCCAACCAGCAGCUCCUGAGGCGGCUGCAGGGCCAUGCGGCGCUGGAGGCCGAGGUUGCGAGGCUGACGAGCCUCCUGCUCGACGUCCGAGGCAAGAUCGACGAGGCCGAGAUCGGUGCCCUGCCGUUCGAUGAGCGGUGCAGCUUCGGCUCUGUCGUCUGUACUGCUGCAGAACUCACGCCAUGCUUUGACGCUAGCGGUGCUGAGGUAGCAGCGGUCCGGGAGGCUGGCGAUGUCGAUGACGGCGGCAUCGUCUCCGGAGAACUCGGUGUUCCUGAAGUGGUGGAUGCUGUUGCCAGCUUCGUGAACUCUGUUGCCUAAUUGGCUCAAGUUCUUCGUACCAAGAUUUCAAAUAGAAAAUGGCUUGGGUUGCGGGUGUGUGUUUUCCCUUUCAUAUAGCCUGCUUGAAUAAAUGGUGGAUGGGAGCAGAAGUGUGGAAGUGAGACACCCUAUCAAGGUCUUGCUGAUUAUACCUCUGUUCUGAAGUGUUCGGUUUGUAAUGUACUUGUUGUGUUUGUAUUGGAUGGAGCUAAUAGUAAGUGUGACACAGCAUGAUCUGUGCUUUCCAAAGUGCUGCAACUGUGAGGAUGAGUUAAACUUGGUUCCUUAUGUU